UCUUUGAAGAGAGAUGAGUAAGGAAAACAUUUGAUUCAGGCCUCUUUGGGGCUGCCAGCAGUUUGAUUCUUCCCACUUUCUCAGUGUAAAUGCCUCUUACUACGUAUUAAUUAAGGGAUGAUUCUUGCAACAACUAUGUGUGGGUGUUGUACUAAACAGCUGCCAAAUGUUAAGAUAGUUUAUGACUGGAUUGUGUUUUGUUCCCACCUUCCCUGUUAAUUGGACAUUUAAGGUAUCUACAAGAUUUGAAGAUAUUUGUGGUUGGACAGAUACAUACUUUACUAGGAUAUUUUUUUUGUUCUAAUACUUUUACUUCUAAUACUUUUACUUCAUAUUAUACAAAUAAAACCAAGACAGAAGAUCAUGGUGAAGCUUCCAGUUGUUUUUUUGUGCAUUGGAUAUGUUCUGUUAACUUUUGCAGACAAUGGCGAUUUUGACUUAAAAGAUGCCCUUGACCCAAAUGAUAAGCCUUCUGAACCAACAAGAAAGCCACCAGGGGGUAACAAACCUCGACCUAACUUAUAUCCUGACCUUAGACCAUAUUCAGAUAAUCAUGGAAAUGGUGGAAAUUCCUUUAAUGGUGGCGGUGGCGGUGGUGGAAGCUUUGGAACUGGUGGUUUUAAUGACCUAGAUCUCAAUGAUGGGAAACCUUUAGCUCCACGCCCAGCAGGUGAGAAAGAGCAAACUUCAGAUCAGGGUGGAAAUAUGGUUGACUCUGCUACGACAGCUCAGAUUACAUCUCCUGUUGUUGCUGUAGCUGUGUUGCUGACUGUUGGGGCCCUAGCUGGCUAUACCGCUUAUAAGCAGAAAAGAUACUGUUUUAAACCAAGAGGUGCAGCAGUUGCAUAAACCAUUCAAAAAUGAUCUAAGAAAUGUUGACUUCCACAACAUCCUCAACAAAUGAAGGAACUGCAUGCUGUAAUACCUAUGAAGCUGUUGCUAAGAUUUUAUGUAAUGAGGCAUUUUGUUUUUGUGUAUAGAAGCUAAAGAACAAAAUUUUCAAAACAAGAGAUUGAUUAAUGAUAUAUACUGCUCCUACAUUGUAUGAAUAGUAAAAAUACAUUUUGUAUGAGUUUUUUUUAGUUCAUACAAGUUAGUAACAUUUUAUGUUCUGUUUAUUUAAGAUCAUUGAUUCAAACAAUCAGAAUCAAUUUCACUCUUGGUAUACAGCCUUUGGUUUAUAGUUAAGGCUCUUUAUGUACCCUUUUUCAAAUCUUCAGGACUACUUAAAAAUCUGUUGGGGUGAUAGAUGCACUGAAAUGUGGAAAGAUGCACACCAUGUCCUUUGGCUAUCCUGCAUCAGUGUUCAGGGAAAUACUAUACUUCUCUAACUUUUAAUUUAAAUUUCAUUGAAACAAACAUCAUUGGUUAUCUUUCUACAUUAGCUACUUGAAACCACCAACAAAGUCAGGCUUAUGCACCCGAUUCCUUUCAGCAUUUAACCUUAUGUGGAAAUUGGUGCUAUAUGCUAUGUUGUUUAAAAGUCAAGGGAUAGUUCACCUAUUUUUGAGUGUGACUAGCUGAAAUGUUAAUUUGGUGACACGAUACCAGGUGCUAAGAAAUAAACAUAGAUUGUGGUCAUCUUCAUGAAGUUCCAAACAAGGUUUAUUGUAUUUAAAGGAGAUGGUCAGGAAAAGGAGAGAGGUCAGGAAUACAAUGGAAUAUGUAUAUGGUUUUUCCUCUUUAAUUUAGGGGAUUUUUCCCCUUCUUUCUUUAGUUCUAAUAUAUAAUAUAUUGCCAUGUAUAUUAAUUUUCUACUGAUAUAUUCUUGUAAAAUCUAUGUAAAAGUAAAGUUUUCUUCAAGUUAAAUUUGACUCCCAGAUUUAAGUUUGAAACAGAAUUAUGUCCUAAAUUAAUAAAGAACAUGUUAUUACUAAAAUGUAUAAGCCUUUGUUGAAAUAUGAGCCAGAAAUACAAGUGAAAUAACGUAUGAUAAAAUGGUUAAAAUUUUUGGUUCCAAUAAACAAUUGGUUCAGUGGGGAAAAUAUGUGGUUAGAAGGAUUGAAAUUUAUAUUAUAAUUCUAAUCUAAGAUAAUUUUUACAAAAUUGUAUUUAUUUAUUAUUAUUUUUACACACUGCCCAUCUCAGGUAAAUGACUCUAAGUGACCAAUGAUGUAUAAUUGAUAUCUGUCACCUAAGAAAUUGUACAGAAUCUAUAAAGGUAUUUUUAAUCUUUGUUUGAAAUGAGAACAACAUAAAGGGAACAUUUUGAUCACAUUUAUGGACAUAUACAAAAGUUUAGAAAAUUUUGGAUACAAACAUAUACAUUAAAUCAGAAUAGUUUAAAGACUAACGUACAAUUGAAAACAGACGAUUUCCUUUUGGGAGUGAUACACAAGGAAGUAGAAAAAAUGUAUGCUGCUUUGUUUUUGUAUAUGACAAUUUCAGUAAGAUGGUUAUAUGCUCCAAAAUGGAAAGGUUCCACACUACCUACAAUGAAGGAAUGGUUGGUGAAGAUGAUGGAGUCAACAGAGAUAGCUAAAUUAACUUCUUUGAUUAGAGAAAAGACAGUAUCUACUGACUAGAAAACCCUUAUAGUCAUUUUGCAUGAAACAGAAAAAUGUACUUAUGAUUUUUAAUUU